AGCCCUCCUUAUCGCCUGGAAAAAAUCAGGAGCUAGAGUUUGAAUGGGUUUUAUAUAAACACUCACCCCUUGUCAGCGUGCGGCAGGGCUCUCAGCAUAAACUCCCAGCGUCUGGCCUGAUGCUUGCCUGGCGUUCUCUCCCUUGGAACGUCAAGGUUUAAGCAGAACCGAGGACUGGGGAACUCUUUUCCUGUAAUCUGAUCAACCUGAAGCCAGUUGCAGAACUGCACAGGGUCCCGAUGGACCUCAAGGAGAGCCCCAGCGAGGGCAGCCUGCAACCUUCUAGCAUCCAGAUCUUCGCCAACACCUCCACUCUGCACGGCAUCCGCCACAUCUUCGUGUAUGGGCCACUGACCAUCCGGAGGGUGCUCUGGGCAGUGGCCUUCGUGGGCUCCCUGGGCCUGCUGCUGGUGGAGAGCUCAGAGAGAGUGUCCUACUACUUCUCCUAUCAACAUGUCACCAAGGUGGAUGAGGUGGUGGCCCAAAGCCUGGUCUUCCCGGCUGUAACCCUCUGCAACCUCAAUGGCUUCCGGUUUUCCAGGCUCACCACCAAUGACCUGUACCAUGCUGGGGAGCUGCUGGCCCUGCUCGAUGUCAACCUGCAGAUCCCUGACCCGCAUCUGGCUGACCCCACAGUGCUGGAGGCCCUGCGGCAGAAGGCCAACUUCAAACACUACAAACCCAAGCAGUUCAGCAUGCUGGAGUUUCUGCAUCGCGUGGGCCAUGACCUAAAGGAUAUGAUGCUCUACUGCAAGUUCAAGGGGCAAGAGUGUGGCCACCAAGACUUCACCACAGUGA